AUUUCUGUUUGCUAAAACAAAGCAGCUACGGUCAAACGUGUCAGAAAAUGGGCGUAUACUGCUGUUACUUCUUUAGAGCUUUUCCUGUUGUGAAAACGUGUAGACAUCAUUUUGGUUCCGGUUUGUCAAAAGCUUAUUUUACGCGUGUAAAAACUAAAACAAGACAUCCUUGCUUUUGAAAGCAGAUGUGUAGAAGCAGCUACUAAAGCUUCACCACUCCUGUCCUCACCGUACCUCUGGCAUGUGAUUUGAGACCCCGUGUGCUGACGUGAGUAUGGAGGGGGAUGAACUGGAGAGGAACAGAGAUGAGCUCCAGAACUGGAUCAGAGAGAAGGUGGAGAAACGUGAGCUGAUCACCCCGUAUUUGCUAGAGAAGUGCAACAUGCUCCAGUCACUGCUUGAAAGGAGGGAGAAACGCGCUGCUAAACUCCUGAAACUCUGGGAGUCUGUGGCAGCAUGUGAAGCAACUCUGAAAAAACAAUACUCGUUGCUGGGAUUGGAAUACAGAGACACAGAUUCUGAAGAUGAUGAUGUUGGCACUGGUUGUGAACACGUACCUCACUUGUCAAACGAUCCUGUUCAGUCUGAGACUCGAGGCUGCCUUUCUCCUGCCACUAGAGGCCAUACUCUGAAUGGAAACCAUGACAAAAAACUGUUUCCUUAUAUAAGAAACUCAGUGGUUUCCUUGACCAGACUACCUGAAUGGAAGAUCGCUACUCUACUUCAAUCAACCUCUCAAGAGGAUGACAGUGACAAUGAAAUCUUGAGCAACAUAGAUUCUGAUGACCAGUGGGAACCAGAAAUAAGCUCCAGUGAUUCUGACUGUUCUGUUCUGUUUAACAACAAGAGGAGAAAAAAAGAACAAAAGUCAAAUGAAAAACUUGGCAAGAGUCAUGAAACACAACCAGUCGCCUCUAAAGCAGAUGAUGACGACAGUAUAGCAGAAACUAAAGCACCCCAAGCUAGCAACCAAAGCAUAGCUGAAUAUGGUGCUUUGAAAACAGAGUCUCCACCAGCAAAAACUGAAGUGACAAAGGUUCCUUCUGUGUGCAGUUUAUCAGCUUCAUGCCAGACCACAGAUAAAGCCACUGAUAAAACCACCAAGAACCUUCCUUGUGUGCCGGAAAAGGAGCUCAGUGUGGACACGACUGUUGUGGCUCGGAGGAGGCAACUGAAAUGGCAACAGGGGAAAAUCAAGGAAAUCCUAACAAAGAAAGAUGGUAGGUUGAAAUACAAGGUUGUUUUUGAAGAGAUGGGAAAGAUGCUUGUGUCUGGUUACCACAUCGCCUUGGACCACAUACCAGAGGUUGAGCAGCUGUUUGUUGGUGCCCGUGUGGUCGUCAAGUGUAAAGCUGAUCGCCCCUACUUCUGUCCUGGUGUCAUAGCAGAAGUACCCUGCAGGAAGAAUUCCUAUAGAUUUUUGGCGUUUUACGAUGAUCACACUGCAGUUUAUGUUGGCUUAUCUCUAUUACACAAAGUGUACCAGCCAUUGACAGAGCCUUUGGAUGAUAUUGUAGAUAAGGUCCAUAGAGCCUUUAUGAAGGAUUAUUUGGAAAGUUGGCCUCAUCCGCCACAGGCCUAUUACAAGCGGGGACAGGUCAUUAAAGCAGAGUUUAAUGGGGUCCAGCAGGAAUGUGAGGUGCGCCAGGUUGACUGCAGCUUGAUCGAGGUUGUUUUUAAGGGAGAUCAACAUACAGAGUGGAUAUACCGAGGUUCCAUGCGCUUGGAGCAGGUGACCAAUAUGAGAGCGCAGAUGAAGUUUGACAAGGAAAAACGGAAAGGCAGGAAAGGUAGACAAUUUGCCUCAGGUAAAUUUAAGCUCACUCUCAAAAGCAAAAUACACAUUUGACUUAAUACCAUUAUGACCUGUGUUAUGGAAAUUAUUGCUAAAUAACUGUCUGAAAACACCAAGAGUGGUCUUUGUGCGAUUUUAUAUCUUGCAAGAAAGAAGGAUGAAACUGACAGUGAGGUUCGCUGGUGAGCAUGAGAACAGAGGCCACUUUAAUAGAAGAAAAAAGAGGAGGUGAGAGGAGUUGUAGGGAGGUAUCAGGAGAUAACACAGGAUGGCUCAGUGGAAGAAUGUUGGAACAGUUACACACACAUGUUCCCAUGGAAAUAGAAAGAACAGACAUUUCCAUACAGCAUGUAUUUGUUUUGUGUGUUUCAGUAUCAAAUAACUCUUGAUGGUGGGUCCCUGUGCCAAAAGUUGUCUUGCAGCACAUUCAUGUUUGUGUGGGCUUCACUGGAACCAUGGAUAGGACUCAGGUGCUGCUGAAGUGGUCAGACAGUCUCCAAACUGCCACAAAUACAACACAGAAUUAUUUGUUCAUACUUCAUGUCAAUUGUUACAUUUGUUUGUUUGUGUUCUUGAAUAAAACAAAGUGCAAUGUUUCCUUGCAGCUUACUUCACUAUUUAAGUUCACAAACAUUGUGAUGAAAGCAGCUACUAUUUUAGAUGUUUACAACUGAAAAACCUAAACGGAAAACUUGUGAAAACGAAAAAGUUGGAUGUGCUCAGUGCACCUUAAGCUUCUGUAUUCUGUUUUGUUUUCUAAAGAAUGUGAAGACACUUUGUCUGACACAAGGUAGCAUUAAUUAUUUCAUGGCAAAGCUACAAGACUGUAUGUAUUGGCUAUGUUGGGAUGGGUCUUGAUCCACAGCCUUGACCUCCAUUAACCUUUGUGAGAAUUUCAGCUGAAGUAAAACUGUUUUCUGCUAUGCCUGUUUGUUCAUUUAGCUGACUCAACAUCAUGAAAAAACUGAUGUUUGGUGGAAGUUGAAUGUGAACAAUAAAGACCUUGGACAAAAACUGAA